AUGCAUCGAUACCGUUCCUGGGCGCGUCAGUCGGCGUGGUACGACAAUGAUGGAGAACCCAGUACCCACAACCCGUUCAAAAAGUUUCGUCCUAGCAAAAGACAGACCACCAAUACCGCGCGUCAGCUAGAAAUGGGAACCCUGAACCGGAGUGUGACAGAAGGUAAUAUUGAAUCACCAGCCGAGACCCGCCGGCGCAUGGAGCUGAGCGAAGGCGUGAUACCUUUAGGACACCCAGACUCAUGGGCGCAACCCUCAGGAACCCGGGAACUGGAUUUUGGAGAAGCAGACAACGUCUCGGCCAUGGCCAGCAGCCAGGACCCGAUCAACCGUGGUCUCGACGAUGAAAGCGAGAACCAACCCAGGCGCCGAAAGACCACCCCGAACAGCGAUGGGGAAACCUUGGCUGCUACGUACGAGAAGGAUGAUAUCGAGGAUGACGAAAACAAACCUCACUUUACCCUCGGAAGCCAGCUUAGAGCCACCGUCUUUAAUUCAUGGGUCAAUGUGCUGUUGAUCUGUGUGCCUGUCGGAAUCGCCCUCAACUAUACCAAUGUGGACAGGACUGCUGUGUUUGUUGUCAACUUUAUUGGUAUCAUUCCUCUAGCCGCCAUGCUUAGUUACGCCACGGAAGAAGUCGCCUUUCGCACCGGCGAAACCCUUGGUGGUCUCUUGAAUGCCACAUUUGGUAAUGCUGUUGAACUGAUUGUCGCCAUUAUUGCUCUGGUUGGAAGGGACGUGACUAUUGUGCAGACCUCGUUGGUGGGCAGUAUGCUGUCCAACUUGCUGCUGGUCAUGGGCAUGUGCUUUUUCUUCGGCGGAAUGAACCGCAUUUCGCAGAACUUUAAUGAGGUUGUUGCGCAGACGGCUGCUAGUCUGUUGGCUCUUGCAGUUGCCAGUCUGAUUAUCCCUACGGCGUUUCGGAAAUGGGCUGCAGGGGGAGCGCAACAUACUGAUGAGCUUUCACGCGGCACUAGUGUUAUUUUGCUGUGCGUGUAUGCCGCCUACCUUUUCUUCCAACUGAAGAGCCACGCGGAAAUCUACAACAAGCCCAGCGAAAAGACAGAGAAACGCAAGAAGAACCGCGUCGAGGGCGACACUCACAAGGGACUGGCCGCGAUGGGUGGGCUGGGUGCCAGCGUCUCUGGCAAUCCCGUCCAGCUCGAGGUCCAAGAACACGAAAAGGAAGAGGAGCCACAGCUUCACUUUUGGGUGGCCAUUCUGACGCUGGUGAUCUCGACUGUGCUGGUGGCCCUGUGCGCCGAAUUCAUGGUUGACGCGAUCGAUGCGAUCACAGAGAACGGCGGUAUCUCGAAAACGUUUGUUGGUCUGAUCCUGCUCCCAAUUGUGGGCAAUGCGGCGGAACACGCGACGGCGGUGACGGUAGCUUGCAAGGACAAGAUGGACUUGGCUAUUGGCGUGGCUGUGGGUUCGAGUAUGCAAAUUGCGCUGCUCGUGCUUCCUCUGAUUGUGGUUAUUGGUUGGAUUAUGGGUGUUGACGACAUGACUCUUGACUUUGGCGACGGAUUCCAAGUGACUGUUCUUUUUGUGUCGGUCUUGCUGGUGAACUAUCUAAUCGCAGACGGCAAGUCACACUGGCUGGAGGGUGUGUUGUUGAUGACACUGUACCUGAUUAUUGCCAUUGCAGCCUGGUUUUAUGACUGA